ACACCAAUAUACUGAUGUCAGAUAGCACCAGCACAUCCCACAGCUAGAUAGUUUAGUCAAACUGUUAGGGGAGAUGAACGGCUCACCACCGAAUAACUAAACUGAACGGUUAUUAAUAAUUGCUUUUUGCUUAUUCCGAUGAUAAAAUAUACCUCUAACUAUAACCCUCUCAAGACCUCCUCUUCUGGACACUUUGUACGCAGUAGUUGGUUUUCAACAUGUUUGCCGGCUCAACAACUUCGACUCCAUUCUCAGUGAAGGAUAUUUUAAAUCUUCAGCAUCAUCCUGACAUGGCGUCUCUUGGAGAGUCGGCGGAGUUCGAUUCGCCUCCCUCCCCUGCUUCCUGUAUGCUGGCAGGGACCAAACAACUGCACUUCAGUGAAACACAAUCUCUAGCGACAUACAAUGAGCCGUUGCCCAAACUGAAUUCCUGCAAAAAUCAUCCCAAUUAUUCCAGUAGUUCGUUCGGAAAUAAUUAUUUGGAAAUCGACCGCAGAGAAGCAAAGGCAAGCAACGGAGCGACGGGAAACAUUAAGGAAUGCCGAGUGAUGGGGGUGAACGCGGAGAAGGAAGGAGAGAAAGCUGAUGAAGCCGAGCGGCCCCGGCGAAGAAGAAGGAAGCCAAGAGUGCUUUUCUCCCAGGCUCAGGUCUACGAACUCGAGAGGCGGUUUAAACAGCAGAAAUACCUCUCCGCACCCGAGAGAGACCAUUUAGCAAACAUACUGAAGCUCACCUCCACCCAGGUCAAAAUUUGGUUCCAAAAUCGCCGGUACAAAUGUAAAAGGCAACGCCAGGAUAAAUCCCUGGAGAUGGUUGGCCUCCCGCCUCCCAGAAGAAUCGCGGUACCAGUUCUCGUUCGAGACGGGAAGCCGUGUCUGGGAGAGUCUUCAUCUUACCACUCGCCGUAUAACAUGCACCUCAGCCCUUACGCUUACGGCACUUAUGCAAACUACACCAACUACAGUGCUGCAGCCUCCACCGCCAACUAUGACUGUAACUAUCCCAGUGUUCAAGCCAUGCCCCCUUCGACAGCGGCCAGCAGUUUUAUGAACAUGAACUUCACCGUCAAUGACCUGAACACUGCGGUACAGACUCAAAUCCACCAGAACACUGGGGUUUCCACAUUGCAUGGGAUUAGAGCCUGGUAAUGUUAGUGGUGACACUGAUUGAGCAUAGGACAAUAUUCGCACUGAAUGGUUGUUGACACAGGUCAUCUAUUACUGAAAGGCGAGAAAGUGCAGUCUGUCUCCCUGUUAUAUGGGUCACAUUUUUUUAACGGGCAGCUCAAUGAUACAGUCAAAGGCUGCUAAUUUAGCAUUAGCGCUAAUAAAAAGUAUUAUUGCAUCUUCGAACCAAGGAGUGGAUAAGGAAGAUGUGAAAUCAUAAUUCCACACACUUUCAGGGCUUUUAUUUUAGUGUUCCAGAUCACUGAAUGAAGACCUUACCAUUAUUUAAUCCCCAAAUGUUCUUUGACAUGUUAGCCUUCACUGCCCCAAACUGAACCAAGCAAUGAGACUGACAACAAUGUCGCAGAUGAUGUAAAAGGACUGAUGUCGGUCGUUAAAAGACUCGGGCAAAUACAUCCGUCAUUUUAUGUCUUUUUUUUUCAUACAACUUUUGAUCUCGUAUUUUAAAGUAGCUUUGUAUUUGAGCCUGUCUUCCGUUAUGCAGUGUUAUUAUGGUAAAGGGUGGGUGGCUCAUUUUGAUUUAAAGGAUACACAUGAAUAGGCAAUUUUGGUGAUACCACAUUGGGCAGAAAGAUAGAAUGUUAGUAGCCCAAGUUCAGAAUUCGGUAGUAGCAGAUCAAGUAGAAAAAUCGCACCUUGAAAUCAUGCACUAACACUGCCCACUUUUUUUUACGUCAUUAUGCGAAUUACGACGACGUUAUUUGCAAUUUUUAAAAAUUGUAAGCCGCCUGCAAAUCACUGCAGUAAAUGUGUACAGUAAAAUGUGUGCAAUGUUGCUUUCUGUUUAUUUCAGUUUGCGCGUGGGUUACAAGACUAUGUAAUAAAAAAGACAUAUACUGUAUAUACUUAACGCAUCUGAAUGACAUUGGGAGAAAAUCAACAUGUUUCCAUUUUAUCUCUCCUAUUUGGUUAAAUCUCAUUAGAUUAAGCAUUAAAACGCAACGCUGCCUUCAAAUCCACAGGCAGGUUCCUUUAAACGGUCAGUUCGUUUUUAACCGAACA